AUGAAAGGCCUAAAGAAUUCAAGAAAUCCCACUUCUGAACCUAAAGACACAUACAAAAUUGCAUAUGUACUUCAUUUUUUUCUUGGUGCAGGAAAUUUACUUCCAUGGAAUGCUCUAAUCACAGCAAUUGACUACUUUGGGUAUCUUUAUCCAAACAAGCAUGUAGAGAAAGUAUUCUCUGUAGCAUACAUGGCUUCUUCUUUGUGCAUCCUAGGUGUGCUGUUGAGUUGGGAUUGGUGCAGGAAAAGAUUGAGCUUUAGAUUGAGGAUGAAUUUGGGAUUUUCUAUGUUUGUUUUGUCUCUAAUGGUGACUCCAAUAAUGCACUGGAUUUGGCACAGAAAUGGGCUUAAGAUGAAAUCCAGCAUGGGUUUUAAUCUGGUAGUUGCAACAGUUGUGAUUUGUGGUUUGGCAGAUGGUUUGAUUGCAGGAAGUUUGAUUGGAACUGCAGGAAAGCUGCCAAGACAAUAUAUGCAGGCAAUUUUCGCUGGAACUGCUUCGUCGGGUGUUCUUAUUUCUAUAUUGAGGAUCAUAACAAAGGCAUCACUUCCACAAACCCCACAUGGUCUCAAAGCAAGUGCCAACUUAUAUUUCCUAGCAAGAUUUUUAGCAGAGAGCAUUGAGUCCAAUCUUUUCAAAGAUUGGUAUCCUGUUAUGUUGAUUGCAAUUUACAAUAUAUCAGAUUUUGUGGGCAAGUCAUUGACUGGAAUAUAUGUUUUGGAGAGUAUUGGAAAAGCUACUUGGGGUUGUAUAGGUAGGAUUUUGUUCUAUCCUAUGUUUAGUGUUUGUUUCCGGGGCCCGGAGUGGCUGAGGACGGAGGUGCCGGUGGUGGUUCUGACACUAAUGCUUGGUUUAAGCAAUGGAUAUUUAACAAGUGUUAUUAUGAUUCUUGCUCCUAAGGCGGUGCCGGCUCCGGAGGCGGAAAUAGCUGCCAUUGUCAUGGUUGUGUUCUUGGGCAUGGGACUUGUGGCUGGUUCACUUGUUGGAUGGUUUUGGAUUAUUUAA